UGUUGCAACAGGUAGCAACGUGUUUUCAAGGUUGCGUACAGGCUUUAUAAGCGAGCGACAUCACUGGUGUUUUCAAAGUGGAAGCUACAGAAAGGACCUCGCUCAUCCAAGACGGAAGACCAUGCGCUUCGGAAAACAAAGAAAUAAUGUUGACAUCUUUGUCUAACCUACAACCGGUUCCCUCCUUACUUUUACGUGUUUACUCUGAUUUGUGUAUUGAAAGUUGCUCUUGUUUUUCCGGGUCUCGGUUUUAAUCAUCUGAUCUCCGGGAGGUUACAGGAGCCGCAACUUUACAAAUUCCCACUUUUUUUUUUCACCGUUGCCACUUUUAUUUGAGAUACUCGAGGUGCUCUGCUGUUAUUGGCCUGCCUUGCCUUUCCAUCAGGCUCUGCUGUUGGUGCUAGAGGACGCACACUUAUAAAGGAAGCUACACAUCAAACCGCACGGCCCCCUUCACGCUCAACCCCUGCGCUAUGAGCAGAGGUAGAGGAGGGCCUCUCAAAGAACACUACAACAGGCAUCCACCACCCGACUCCCAGGCCAACGAGAAUUACUUCAGACCUGGUCCAUCCUCACUCUACCCUAGAGCUGGCCCACAGCAGAGCCCAUAUUCAAGUUACCACAACAGCCCUGUCCGUCCCGUAGUGCCCAUACAGCCACCCCCAGCUCCUUCUCUCAUCCCCUCCGCUCCACCCAUACCAAAGCGCAGUAAAGUGGACCCUAAAUCAGAGGCCUCUAACAGCUCAUAUAAUCUGAAUCACGGUCUCGAUCCUGCUCCCAAUUCCUUUCAGUACCAACAGGCAGAGUUCCUCAGAGGACACAGCUCUGAGGCGCCACAGUUUAGAGCCAGUCCACGUGGAGGGGGAGGGGGAGGAGGAGGGGUCUCAGAUAGGCGUCCUAGUUCCUCAUACCAGCACCAGUCAGGCUACAGUAAAUAUUCAUCAUACCCCAACAACAGCUCAAAGGGUAGACGGGAGUAUAGUCAGGACCAAACUUCUGUAUACCCAGUAUCCCCGCGCGGCAACACAGGCCCUCAACCCCUGAAUCAAGACCAGUUUUACGGUACAAACCACAACCCAUACUCCAACAGACAGUGUCGCGUCCCAAUAGAUUCUGUGUGUGAACAUUUUCAGACUUUGUCCCUUCAUCGAGACAGACCAAAAAGAAGAGGAGAACGGUUUGACAGACAUUCUGCCUCCAGGAGUUUGGCAGAUUCACACUCUAGUAAAGUUGACCUAACUCUUACUUCUGACAUCCAGGACCAGGUUCAGAGGACUUUGGCUGCUUUGAGGCCAAGUGAGGGUAUCUCUGCAAAAUUGUUAGCCAAAAAACUGCAUCUUCCCAAAAAGAUAGUCAACCAAGCUCUUUACUUGUUGGCGCGCUCAAAGAAAGCCUCCAAGCAAGGACUCCUCCCUCCUGAGUGGAGUCUUUGCAGAGAACCUUUUAGAGGUGAGGAAGAUCAAAACUCUAAAGUACAAAGUCCACCUUCCCAUCUGUGUGUCAGCUCAGGACACCCUCCAGAAUCUGAAGCCAAGGUUGAACUAAAAACAGAAACAGCAGAAAACAGGGCACAAAGCAAAGAAGAGGACUCUGACGCAGCAUCCAGUUCUUCUUACUGCACCUCUUUAGAAUCAUCUGACUCUGAAGAGUCCCAGUCACCAGCGAAAGGUCAGCACCAGGAGAAACAACAUCCCAUCACUACCAGCUCACCUGAUCCACCACUUCCCACAAUGGCAGAACAGAAGGAGCUAGUUCUGCAGUACCUGCUGGCUUCAAGGGAGGCAACUGCUCUUGUCAUAGCCAAAAAUCUGGGUCUUAGGGGUACUAAGCAGGUCAAUCCAACCCUCUACUCGCUGGAGAAGCAAGGUGAAGUCAUUAAGAAUAGUGGAACUAACCCGCCCACCUGGGAGCUCUCCACCCACCGCAGAGAGAGGAUGGAAAGGAGCCUUAAAGCUUCAAAGAGCAGCCGUGCUGAGGGGGAUCAGAUCCCAGAACCCAGUAGAGAUCAGAAGAGAGGAGAGUCCGUCUUUCUGUCGCCGUUACCAUUACCACCAAUACCAGGCCUCGAGCCACUGCCACUCCCAGAAGGUUGGAUGCCAGAGCAAAGUCGUAGUGAGGUGUCCCAGUCCUCAUUCCAGCCCCCCUCUAUCACCUCGUGUCAAGAUGAAGAGACCAACGAAGGACAGUGGGCUACUGACGACAUCCCAGAAUUCCUCAACGCCAUUCGCAGAGAGACAGAUGCUGGGAAACUGGCAGUAGAACAGGCCAACUCUGUGGGAACUGUAGCUGUGUCGCUGGCUGCUCCACCUCCCCAGAACCUGUGGGCCAAAUUACAGGAGGUGAGGCUGAAGAACCCCGUGAGUGGCCUCAUGGAGUACGCCCAGUAUCUGGGCCAUGACUGUGAGUUCCUGCUCCUCGACCAAUCAGGGCCCUCUCACGACCCACGAUUUCGUAUGCAGGUGAUGCUCAACAGAAGGCUGUUUCCUGUCGCAGAAGCUUCCAGUAAGAAAGUUGCAAAAAAGGAUGCGGCGGCUGCCACCCUGCGCAUUCUCAUCGGAGAGAGUCAGGCAGGGCCGAGUACGGGAGACGAGGGAAAUACUGUCGGUGCGGACCAAGUGAUGGAUGUACUCCCAGACACCAGUGGGCAAGCUGAAGGCGCAGCAGGGGCUUUUGGGACUAGUAGUGUGGAAGGAAUGGGUACAGUGGAAGGACCUUGCCAGCCGCUGUCCCGCUCCCUGCCUGGUGGGAAGAAUCCGGUGUCCGUCCUGAUGGAGUACAGCCAGCGCAGCGGGAACCCCAUCGAGUUCAUCGUCACUGGGCAGGCAGGCCCACCACAUGACCCAAGGUUCAUGUACAGGGUGAAGGUUGGAGAGAACUUGUUUACAGAGGCCUCAGCUCCCAGCAAGAAGGCCGCCCGCCAGCUGGCAGCAGAGGAGGCCGUAAAAGAAUUAAUGGCUGAUGGGAGACUGCAGCUCAACAAGCCUCAGUUGCCCCUGGGCUCUUCCAGUGACAGUGAUGCUAGUGGUACUGCGACGACGUGUCCCUCUUUGCCACCUCUGACUGCAGAUGAGUUGCGAGCAGCACACGAGGCAGGAGUUGGAGAUCUUAUUAACCACUUGAACAACAACGCAGUGUCAGGUCUUCUGGAAUAUGCUAGAGCGCGGGGCUUUGCCGCUGAGAUUCGACUAGUGGGCCAGUCUGGACCACCGCAUGAGCCUAAGUUCACCUACCAGGCCAAGCUGGGUGGACGCUGGUUCCCUCCAGUGUGUGCGUCCAACAAGAAGCAGGGAAAACAGGAAGCAGCAGAUGCAGCUCUACGGGUUCUAAUUGGAGAGGCUGAGAGAGCAGCCCGCACUGGGGAGCUCAUCCCAGCUGAGCUUCCAGUGAGUGGCAGCACUUUGCAUGACCAGAUAGCAAUGUUGAGUCACCAGCGUUUCAACGCCCUGACCACACGUAUCCAGCACAGCCUUCUGGGACGCAAGAUUCUGGCCACCGUCGUCAUGAGGAGGGGGGAGGGCCUGGGCACUGUUGUCAGCCUGGGAACUGGUAAUCGAUGUGUUAAAGGGGAGGAGCUAAGCCUUAAAGGGGACACUGUUAAUGAUUGCCACGCUGAAAUCAUCUCCAGAAGGGGAUUUGUUCGGUUUCUAUACAUUGAGCUGCUCAAGCAUUAUGAGAACACAGAUGACAGUAUAUUUGAGGCAGUGGAUAAUGAGAAACUGCAAAUCAAAUCUGACAUCACCUUUCACCUUUACAUCAGCACGGCACCUUGUGGGGACGGUGCUCUGUUUGACAAGUCAUGCAGUGAGGCAGGAGAUGAAGACGAGGGUCAUCAACCUCUGUUUGAGAAUGCUAAGCAGGGAAAGCUCCGCACUAAAGUCGAGAACGGUGAGGGCACCAUCCCAGUGGAGUCAAGUGCCAUUGUGCCCACGUGGGACGGCAUCCAGCACGGGGAGAGGCUGCGAACCAUGAGUUGCAGCGAUAAGAUCUUGCGCUGGAACGUGUUGGGUCUGCAGGGAGCACUGCUCACCCAUUUCCUGCAUCCAAUCUACCUGAAGUCAAUCACGCUCGGCUACCUGUACAGCCACGGUCACCUCACUCGUGCUGUUUGCUGUCGGCUGGCCAGAGACGGUGAAGCGUUCACCCAAAGUCUCCCUCCUCCCUUCAAGCUAAAUCACCCAGAGGUCGGCAGGGUGAGUGUGUACGACUCCACACGGCACACAGGCAAGACCAAGGAGUCGAGUGUGAACUGGAGCUUUCCAGACCAGCAAAGCGUCGAGGUGCUGGAUGGCACCAAGGGCAAACUGGAUGGAUAUGGGAACAAACUCUGUGUGUCCAGAGUGUCCAAGUCCAACCUGUUCUGCCUGUUCCGCUCUGUGUGUGAGCGUAGUGGCCGCACUGACCUCCUCGCACUGCCCUGCUACUCCCAGGCCAAGUUGUUGGCCUUGUCCUUCCAGCUAACCAAGCAGCAUUUCUUCCGAGCUCUGAGCAACCACGGCUACGGCGCCUGGAUCGGCAAGCCGCUGGAAGAGAAGAGCUUUGAGUCAGGGGAGGGGAACCGGAACAAUGGAGCAAGUGUCCCUGUGGGAUACGGCAGCAGUAGAAAUGGAGCAGCAGUGGAGAUCAAGCCAGAGGACGCAUAGAACGGUGCUUUAUUAAGUCGGUGAUGUAAAUAUGUGGGGAGAAGAAACUUGCACACGGCAAGGGUGGACGUGAUUGAAACAAGACAAUCAAACCAUGCGUAGGCAGCAGCCACAAGUGCAUCUUCUGAUGGACAUGGUUAAAGGCUGCGGAGGAAGAGGAUUGGAAAGAGACAUAAUAGAAGAGGAAGAUUGCAAGGGUAAAGCUUGAAGGAUGAGUGGGGUCAAAGGAGACAGACGGAGCUGUACAGAACAAUGUAAACUGCACACGAAGAAGGAAUUAGUUUGAAGUCAGGGAAUCACCAUGGUAAACACUGCUACACGUCUGGGUCGUAUUAGUUUGCAAAACAAUUACUUAUUUGUUUCCUGUAUACAGUUUAUACCCUUGGCUUGGUUUCCUGCCAUUUGUUCUUUCUUUUCUGUUCUACUUGAUACGUAAACUAAUGUUGCAUAUGUUUUGACUAUUGCAAGUGCAGUUUGGACCCAGGUGACUUGGCCUCUUUAAACUGCUGUUGUCUAGUUUUGCCAUGAGAACUUAAGUGGCUGACAUGUGCUGCUAAUUGGCAUUCAACCUAAUAUGACCCACCAUUGUAGCAGUGUGAUUGUUAACUGUGAUUAAGUUAAUUUACAUUAACAUCCUCGAUCAUGUAGUGCUCAUUAUUGUUUCUGCUCCCUACGUUCUGCUGCGUUGAAAUACAAGCAGCUGCUUUUUGAACAGCAAGCAAUCAGACGCUCUCAGCAGGAAUCUUGAUUGAAUGAUCGAUCACCCGAGAUGGAUGUCACGAGUAAACUAGUCCUUGCUCAGCACAACUUUCACUGGACAAAAGAACCCCAAUACCAACUUUUACUCUGAUCGGUGACUAACCAAACAUUCACGGUUCAACAUUUGAGGCUUGAGCUCCUGAAGCCUUCGACCAGGAGGCCCCUUUAAACUAACUGUACACCCUCAGCUGUUCAGCCAUCCAUAUGGUGUUGUCAUGGUUACCAAUAGCAUAGCAUAUGCCAGAGUGAUCAAUCCCAUAAUUUAUUUUUUAUAGAAUUACUGAUGUCAGGACCUCCCCAAAAGUACAAUAUUUCGGUUAUUGCUUGUGUAUUUCUACUGUUAUCUUCACUUCUGGCAACAAUGUUCAUAAGUAGCUGGCCAUGCAAUCAAAUCCUGGAGAGUAUCAACUGUCCUGCAUAUCGUUUAAAUGGUUUCAAUUGAGUUUUUUCAUCUUGAUACGAACAGGCUUUUAGGUUUUCUUGUAUGGCCAGUUUCUGAGGACUGCUAGGUGAGGACAGUUUUGUUAUCGGAGAGUGUGUAGUCUGUGCUUUAUUUUCUUAUGUAGAUGGAUGGUGCAAUAUAUACAUCGGGUAUAUACAAAUACAUGGUCACGCAGAUGUUACAGUGGGGUCCAAAAGCCCAGUUCCAAAAACUCAGAACUAACAGAAAUGUAAACACAAAAUAUUGCAUAUUGUUGUUUUUAUGAAGGAAGUGAAAGAAAUUAGCUUGAUGAUACAAUGUGUGUUGUUUGAGGUCAGGUCACUAGAGAGGGAAAGCACUCCCAUACUUCAAACUUUUUUUUUUGUUGUUGCUUUUGAUUGUAAAAGCCAUUGUUUUGAUGGAAAAGGAAGGUUUUAAGCUAAGUAAUGAUAGGCCUCUAUCUGGUCUUAGCUCUCCUACUGCAGCCCUAAAGUCAAGUUUUAAUUGAGGACUUUGCGCCUGUCUUCAGCAGUGGUUCAUGAUAUUGUCUGAAUAAAGACAUUAGACUCCGACUCAACAAGUCGACAAAGUCCUUUAUCAGAAUUACACAUGAGACGUAAUGGAGAAAAAUAUAUACAUUUUUUUAGUAUUUCUUUUGCAGUUUUUUUUUAAUGAUUGCAUUCAUUUGAUGGUUACCAGCUUUUGUGUUUUUGAAUAUAAAGCUUUAAGAGAAGAACAGUUGUUUUUAUCAUUAAAAUUGAAUGGUUCUUGGUAGUGGACUUUUGGACCCCACUGUAUGCAAACAGAUGUUUUUGUAUAAAGAUGUCUGUGUGUAUGUAUUGGUGUAAUUUUUUUAUGUAUAUAUUUUAUAAAUCAUCUACAGCUGUAUUUCUAUGUUUUAAUUAAACUGCAAAGAACUAUGCUUUUUUUUUUUUACUAAUGUUUGGAUAAUUUUAAGAAAAUAAUUAAAAUGUGAGUGUCAGUGACUUUUAUUUAUUCGCAAGGCAAAGUUUUUAAUUACAUUAAUGCAGACACGAUGAUGGGAAAAAUCUGUUCUAGUCUUGAUGGUUUGACUGAGUAUUAGAGGCACAUUUUUACAGCAGGGGCGCCUUUCCUCAGGGUGGCGUUCAGGGCCAGUCUGGCCUCUAAAGAGCAGAUUGCAAUGCACCAAAGGAUCAGCAGAUGGAAACCUGUCCUCACCUUGGGCAGGAAUGUGUGUGUGUGUGUGUGUGUGUGCACGAAAGGCUACAUGAAAUCAGCCCCUGGUGAUACUCAAGAUCUGUUCAGCACUGACAUUGGUUUUAGUCAUGAAGUAGUACCUUAUGUUGCGUAGGCUCCUUAAAUUCAUUACAUUAUUUUUCAAGCUUACGAAAUGUUUAUCCUUUUGCUUUCAUUUUUAGGCGAUGUAAGUAGUAUAUUUGAUUCAACUUGAUCAGUGCACGCAGCAAAUAGCAAUCAAAAGGGUUUACAUAGAUAUGUGAAGAUGAACAAUAGACCAUUUGGGAAGUGAUGUAUACAAAAUAAUAUAAAAGAUGUAAAGCAGCUCAUGAUAAUGAAGAUGAGGAUCAACGUCAAAAGGUUUUUUAUUGGAAGAAACCGUGCUGCAAAAGCCCAGUGAGACUCCACGCUGUCUAUGCUGUGUCUGCAUGUGAAGCAGUAACACUGUCAUUGGCUGUGAUGUCUCACUAACAAAGAGUGAUAUUCAGUGUCUUAAUUGGGAAUCAGUUCUGUGUAGCAUUAGGUCCGGUAUUGUCUUCGGUUCAACAGUAAUUUCUGUCAGGGACAGGAUUAUGGCAGCAAUACUGCCAGCCAAUCAGUGUAGUGCCUUGUAAAUACAUGUAUUGUUAAUGAUGGGGGGCAUGAACGGCUCAUUUCAUUAGAUGAGGCUGUCCAACAGGGGAAUCCCAACACUAUCAAUGUGUUUGCCGAUACCCCGACACAUGAUUACAGUUUGCGCUAAGAAAUUAAUUAAUGAGGUUCCCAUUCAAGUUGGUAAUAAUUAUAUAAACAUGUGUAAACAUAUGGAUGUGUUUGUGUUGGCCAAAUGAUCUGUGUACAAUAGUGAGGGCUUGUUUCAAUCAGGAUCUCUCCCAUCAAGUUGGAUUCAUACGGUUAUGUAUUUUGAAUGAUGGGAGGGCAAGACUUAUGAUGGAAUGAGAAGAGUAAAGCACGAUAGAGGGAAGGAUGGAUAAGUGGAACGGGCUGCAUGGAGUGAAAUAUUAGUCCAGACUGAGGGGUUUAAACGAGGCACUCAAUGCUCUUCAAUGGAAAUAAAUGAGAGGAGAAAGAGGGAAUACAUGAAGGUUGAGUGGGGAGAGACAUGUCCAUCAGACAGGAGGGAUGGAGCCUCAAGUCCACUAAGCAUCGACUAAAGAGACGUUGAAUAAAUGGUGCAUAGUGGCAA